GUGCAUCACCACAUACAUAGAGUACCGAGUGCGGUAUUCCGGCAGCAAACCGGCAGUAUUCGAAACGCAGCUUUUUUGUGGCCAGAAAACUCUAGCCUAAGUUUACUAUUCGCGGGAUUGCGCGUGUCAAUCGCCCCUUCUUCCUUGCUUAAUUAAGCAAUGCGCGUCCCCAAGCUGCGCAAUUUUCGCCGGAUAAAAUUUGAAUAUCAGCUGUUUUAGAAUAAUUACAGUUCCGAGUGUGGCAGGAGAGACCUAAGAAGUGUUAUAACUCAUAACGCAUGUACUGCAUGUACCACGUUUUGUUUUCUAUUCAUAAUUUCGCUGCUUAUUGUAAUGUAUUUUGUAUGACUGUUUUUACUCUUGAAUAUCGGGAAUAAUAUUGUAAACAAUAAAUCCGGCGACAUUAUGUUUUACAUCAAUGUACAAAAAUUAUUCGGCAAUUUGUAUUCGCGAUGUGCGAUCAAAAUACCAUCUAUUCAUCUCUCAAGGUCGCAGAAGAUUCUUAUAAUCUGCCUGACAAGUGGAACCCUCUUGCUGGGAGGGUUAGCACAAUUUUUAAAGCGCAAACGACGUCCUCCGUAUCCUUCGGUGCGAAGGCAAUUGCGAGAUACAAGACAGAGACUGCUGAAUGCCAAAUCUUCAAAUUUUGACAAUGUUUCUCAAGUUUCAUGGGCAAGGCGAAGCGAAGCGAGCACUCGAAGUCACAUGAGUGACAGAGCUUCUCUCAUUUCCUCCGUGCCCGGAGGUCCGGACGGAGAUAUCAGAUUGACUCCUCAGCAGUAUGGUGUGCUCGGACUGGAAGCCCUCGAGAAAGCGUUAUACUGUUGGGAAGAUGCAUUAACGGCGUUCAGCUCAACAAUUAUAAAUAACGACGUGCUUGCUCUUCCAUCGAAAGCCGAUGCUGCAUUCACUCACGACGUUCAGGAGCUUCUUGACUUAGGUUAUCAAAUACAAAGCACAGCAGAAUUACUGUUUAUUGAUCAGCAUUCGGUACUAUUUUGCAACGAGAGUGACGGAAGUGGGCCCAGUCGGAAAGCGUCCACGGUCGGAUCCCGAUUCACAAGGGACAAAGGCGAUGCUGCAUCUUCCCCUGAAUCUUUCGAAUCUGCAAAAGAUGGGGUAGCGGAUCUGAGAGAGUUUGAAGAAUUCGCCGAGUUAUUUCCGCAAUUCGAGAAGCAAAAGUUGUAUCACUCCGCGAUGAAGGAAUACGAGGACAGAGGAAUUCCGUGUAGACGUUUACACACGGAUCUCGUAAAAUGCGGUUCCGACGUGGAAUACGUGGCAAAAGUACAAUGUUUGCGUCAAGCUUACACGAAACUCUUCACUAUACCAGCUGCUGCAACGUGGAUCGCCGAUAUGGGUCGUCAAGUUAUAAGUGAUCUUAUCGUCUUCGCCGAUCGAGACCCCAAAGAAUAUUUGACGCACUACGAACGAAUGUUGGAGUUUCUUGCGAAUCCGAGCAAUCAUGGUAUCAUGCACGAGGAAUUGACGGCACGAGGUGUUCAAUGCAUAAAUUUUUACGAUGUACUCAUAGAUUUUAUACUUUUGGAUGCGUUCGACGAAGUUCAAAAGCCACCUUCUUCCAUCAAAGCCAUAUUGCAAAACCGAUGGAUUUCUGCGAGUUUUCGAGAAACGGCUAUUGGAACAGCAGUGUGGUCGGUUCUGAUGGGAAAGCGCCAGAUGCUGAAGUACGACAAGGGCUUCUUGGCGCAUUUCUACUCGAUAUCGGAACAGAUAUCACCGGUGCUCGUAUGGGGUUUUCUAGGGCCGGAGGGUAGUCUCAAUUCGACUUGUAACUAUUUUCGUGAGCAGGUUAUCGAGUUUCUCGUCGACAUAUUCAAUUUCUUCAAAGUGAGGUACACUAACGUUGAUCAUUUGGCGGAAGAUAUACUUCACGAAAUGCGUAUAAGAGUGGCGAAUAUUAAUCAGCGGUUGGCACUCGAGGAUGGUUAAAAAUCAUAAAUCAAGAUAUUAACGAAAUACGAAAAUUAGUAGCUUAAAUAAUUUAUUCAGAAGACGAAUAACUAUCGAAAAUCCGUUCAACUAACAAUUCAUACGAAUUUCCUUCUACCCGAUAAAGAGACUUGUUGUUCUAUUCCAAUUGAGGAACACGCAGUUUGUAUCACAUUAUUUCUAGUCUAACCCUUCAAUUUUUCUCGUCGAAUGUCAAAAUCGAAGAAGACGAGCCUCUUUUUAGGUACCCUCCUUGAAAGGGCUUUCAGGGAUAAGAUUUUAUAAAAUUCGUAAAAGUCUAUAUAUAUACAAUGAUAUAUGAACUAUGUAUGCACAACAUAGAAUCGUGUGUAUAAAAAAAAAUAGAUUUAAUCUCAGGAAUAUGCCCGAUGAAUUAGAUAAUGUAGCCGAAGCCAAUGGUUUUUCGAAUUGAAAAUAACCUUUAAUUACGACGAAUGGAACACUACUCGAUCGAUAAGAUCCAAGGGUCAUUUUCAUAUUUAAUAAUAUAUAUAUAUAUAUAUAUAUAUAUAUAUAUAUAAUAGUCCCUCAUUGUACAGUAUGAUUUUAAUUCACCUCGGAUAGGUCGCAAAAAAGAAAUGUGAUGAAAAAGUUAAGUCUUUUCACUACGUUUUCUUUUUGUAUAAUAAAAGUUAUGAGUCGGAUGAUUUUUUUUUUUAUUUUUUAUAAGCACACUGCCACGUAGGAACUCUCAAAUCGUAUUGACAUAAAAAUUUAAGAAAAUAUUAGGAACUUUAAGUGAAAUUUAAUAUUCGGCUAUACAAUUCCGUUCCAACAUUUUCGUCGAGUUAUUAUAUUACUUUUUAUGGCGUUAAGUAAGAAAUAUUCACGUAUUUGAAGAUCUCACGAAACAUUCCUUAUGAUCGUACUCGAGGUAAUACUGUGUAUUUAACAAAAUGUUUUAACGCUAGGAUACAUGCGCACACACCUUACCCACUACUCUAAAUUUGACUGUUUACCUAAAAAUAUAAUUCUACUCUUCUGUUUUCGUGUUUCGUUGCUCUUUAAAAUUCAAAUAUUUAGAGUUAAAUUUUUGUUUAUAGCCGUCCACUAUCGGUCAUCACUGCAUUUAUCUAUGAAAGAAAAAAAACAAAUACUGACUGUGGCAUGUUCCACCUUGCCUAAAUAAAGAUGGAAAAAAAAUGCAAA